AUGCACAACAUACAAGAGGUAAAACAACAAACUAACUAUAAUUUUAAACAAGUAAGUGAACAACAAACUAGAAUGAAUCAAGAAAUCAUUAGUAACUGUGAGUUAAAUAAACAAAAUUCCGAAAAUAUAGAACAUUUAAAAAUUAAAGAAUAUGAAGAUUAUGAAAACGUAAAAAAAUUAAUAAAUGAAAUUAAAACAACCAGAAAUAACGUUAUUAACGUAGAUUCACCAUCCACCAUACCAUAUUUAAAGCCUGAGAUGUGGCCAAAAUUUAACGGUUAUCAUUAUAAAAUCCAUCCCAUGACCUACUUGCAAAACAUACAGAAACUUACCCAAGAUUUACAAGAUGAGAAAACCGUUAUGAAUCUAGUAAGACUUACACUCAAUGACAGAGCAUUAGAAUGGUUCGAAAUGGUAAGUGAGAAAUGUUCGACUUUUCAAGAUUUUAGUCGAGAAUUUAUCAAUCAAUUUUGGAAUCGAAGCCAACAAGACCAACUAAGAGUCGAAUUAUUAGCGGGAACGUACAAAGACAAUAGUGGUAGUAGAGAAAAUUAUGCCUGUAAACUUUAUAAUAAAUGCAAAUACAUCGAUGGACUUGAUGAAAAUACUAUCGCAAUGUACUUAUUAAGUCAUUUCAGAACAACCGAUAACAACUCUGUAUUGUGUCAAACUGUUAGAAACAUGAAUGAACUUAUUGAAAUCUUACGAAGGUUAGACACCUAUAAUAAUUUAACCAAACUAAAUCCUAAUAAUAAUAAUAACAACAAUAAAAACUACCAAUAUUACAGAGACUACAACUAUUCUAAACCUAAAAACUACAAUAACGUUACACAUAAUAUUUACAAUCAUCCUAAAAAUGGUCAGGAUAAUAAUCACUAUCCCAAACAUGAUAACUUCAAUAAAAAUUAUAGCAACAAUACGAACCAACGCAACCAUUUCCAAAAUCGAGAUUACCGGUCAGGAAAUAAUAAAUUCGGAAAUGAAAGAUUCCAUAAUCCAUAUAAUCAUAAUAAUAAUAAUGGCCCAAAUUCAUAUCCUCAGAGAUGGAUAAAUAAUAAUUCUAACCCAUUAAAAUUUACGCCACCUAGAAGAGAAUACGAGAAAUACUUAAAUAUGAUCACCACCACUAAUGAAGAAAGAGAUUGGAAUAGAAAAUCCAAUACAUUUUCACCCCGAUUGACAACUAUAGCUGAAAUUCACAGACCCUCCGAGGAUAUUAAAAAUACUAUUGAAGGGAUAGAACAACAGAAAGGAGAAGAAAAGAAAAUAGAUAGUGAAAGAGAAGGAUUAAUUAAUUGUACAAAUAAAAAAUUUGAAAAUAAUUAUGAUUCUGAUGAUAAUAUCAUGAAUGAUUAUCACAGAGAUAAUUUAAUAAAAAAAUAA